GUUGCCAUGGUGACCCUCUGGUCCAGCCUCCCCCGCCCCCCAGGAAGACCUGCCUCCUCCCGGCCGGGCCACCUGGCUCGCGCCCAAUGGCUGCACGGGCAGAUGCCAGGCGUGUGCUCCUUGGCGCCUCGUCCCUCCCUCUUCUUCACUCCGCGCGGAGGAAGCCGACCUGCUGGAGGUGGCUGCGCAGCGUGUGGGGAGAAGGAUGUGAUGGGGGACCCACCCUGGGCAGGAGGAGGAGGAGGAGGGCCGAUGGCGGAUCCCCCUCCAGAGCCCUCCCAGUGGAGGGGGGCCGCCAAGGACUCAGGCUGGAGCAACACCGAAUUGUUUGCGAUGAUCGAAAAGAUGCAGGGAAACCGGAUGGACGAGCAACGUUGUGCCUUCCCCCCCACUCUGAAGACAGAAGAAGAUUAUAUCCCUUACCCCAGCGUCCAUGAGGUUCUGGGCCGAGAGGCUCCGUUUCCCCUCAUCUUGCUCCCCCAGUUCGGGGGCUACUGGAUCGAGGGCACCAACCACGAUCUGACAGCUCUUCCCGACCUCCAGUCCCCAAGUUCCAGGGCCAAGCUGGAGUGCAACCACAUGGCCAGGGUGUACCGGAAGCACUUCCUGGGCAAGGAGCACUUCAGCUACUACUCGGUGGACGCAGCACUGGGACACCUUGUUUUCUCGCUCAAGUACGACGUGAUCGGGGACCAGGAGCACUUGCGCCUGCUCCUGCGCACAAGGAGCCGGUCGUAUCACGACGUCAUUCCCAUCUCCUGCCUGACUGAGUUCCCCAACGUGGUCCAGAUGGCCAAGCUGGUCUGCGAAGACGUGAACGUCGACCGCUUCUAUCCCGUCCUGUAUCCCAAGGCCUCCCGCCUGAUUGUCACCUUUGACGAGCACGUCAUCAGCAAUAACUUCAAGUUCGGUGUCAUCUACCAGAAACGCGGCCAGACCUCAGAAGAGGAGCUGUUCAGCACCACGGAGGAGAGCCCGGCCUUCGUGGAAUUCCUUGAGGUCCUGGGCCAGAAGGUCCAGCUGCAGGACUUCAAGGGGUUUCGGGGCGGGCUGGACGUGGCCCACGGGCAGACGGGGACGGAAUCCGUCUACUGCAACUUCCGGAGCAAGGAGAUCAUGUUCCACGUCUCCACAAAGCUGCCCUACACGGAAGGGGAUGCGCAGCAGCUGCAGCGGAAGCGGCACAUCGGCAACGACAUCGUGGCCAUCGUCUUCCAGGAUGAGAACACCCCCUUCGUCCCCGACAUGAUCGCCUCCAACUUCCUGCAUGCCUACGUGGUGGUGCAGGCCGAGGACCCCUGUUCCGAGCAGACCCUCUACAAGGUUUCGGUCACUGCCCGGGAUGACGUCCCCUUCUUCGGCCCCCCGCUGCCCAAUCCAGCGGUGUUCCAGAAGGGGCCGGACUUCCAGGAGUUCCUCUUGACCAAGCUGAUCAACGCAGAGUACGCCUGCUACAAGGCAGAGAAGUUUGCCAAACUGGAAGAGCGCACGCGGGCAGCCCUCCUGGAGACACUGUACGAAGAGCUGCACCUCAACAGCCAGUCCGUGAUGGGCCUGGGGGGCGACGAGGACAAGAUGGAGAAUGGCAGCGGGGGCAGCAGCAGCUUCUUCGAAUCAUUCAAGCGGGUGAUCCGCAGUCGCAGCCAGUCUAUGGACGCCAUGGGCCUGAGCAGCAAGAGGCAGAGCACCGUCACCACCAGCCACAGCGGCAGCUUUGGACACCACAGCCCCGAGAUCGCCAAAGCCACGGGCCUAUCAUUGCUUGUCCCCGGAAAAACGUCAAGUAGGUAUGGACGCCGAGGCAGCGCGAUAGGCAUAGGAACCAUAGAAGAGUCUCUGAUCGUCCCCGGGAAGAGCCCGACACGGAAGAAAUCCGGGCCCUUCAGUUCCCGGCGAAGCAGUGCAAUCGGCAUUGAGAACAUCCAGGAGGUGCAAGAGAAAAGCCUCAAGCUAGACACCCUGCCUGUGUCUCCCACAGGGAGAGCCCGACGGGCACUGCAAAGCCGCUGGAUGGCAGCCACGCCUGCCAGGAGCCCACGUCCGAGACCUCCUCCAAUCAGAGCUCGCCAGAGAUGCCCACCACAAAGAACAGGCCGGAUCCAGCGACGCAGAAGCCAGAAGCCGGGCAGGACUCCUCUCGCUCCUCCAGCGCCAGCAGCUUUGGCAGCAUGGUGGAGGAGCCCGAAGGCUGCCGGGAUGACGCAAGCGGGGAGAGCCACUUCCCGUUGGCGCAUUCACACAAGCGUGACUCCAUCUACAGCACGUGGCUGGACGACAGCCCCAGCACCCCCAGCAGAGGGAGCUCUCCAGGGCCUUCGCGCUCUCCCCAGCCGGACCCCAGGAAGCCCAGGGAGCCCCCUUGCCCGGAAAUCCAGAUCCAGCUCGAACACUCGGACCAGCAGCCCCCCUAUCUGAGCUGCUAACCCUCCCUCCUGUCCCGUGGAUGUGCCUCCUGAGCAGCUCACGGCAAAGAAGCACAAGAUGAGGCAAUGGCGGAGAACCCCCAUCUUUGUCUCGGCACAAGACGAUGCUCCAACCAGCAAAACUUGCUUGUCAGAACCUCCAUUUUAAGCUGCUGGCUCCCCCGCCACCGCAGCCACUUCCGGUGGCUCCCUUCUGUCACGGUAGUGAGGCGCGCCAAGAAUGGCAUUGC